CCCCACUCGUAUGCCCAUUUUAAAAAUGUCUGCCAUCGCCUUCCCAAGCAAUAGUGGUUCAGCCGAGAAGAUCCGGGCGGAAACAGUGGGUAGAUAAAGCAAAGAAGAACGGAGGUUACUUUAUAGAGCCUUGCGGGUGUUCCGCGGGCGGCUCAAGUCAGUGUUGUAAGGUUUUGCUCAGGCUGGUGUGGAAAGACCCCGCCUGUGGGAAGCGGCCCUUCCUCACUGCUGAGGCCUCAAGUCUACCGCCUCGUUUGCUUAUUAACCGAGGCGACGGCGGCGGCAGGGUCCCUUGGCGGGUCACCAUGUGGGCCUUCUCGGAGUUGCCACUGCCGCUGCUGGUGAACUUAAUCGGCUCGCUGCUGGGCUUCAUGGCCACGCUCACCCUCAUUCCAGCCUUCCGGGGCCACUUCAUCGCCGCCCGCCUCUGUGGCUUGGACCUCUGCAAAUCCAGCCGGCAGGAGAUCCCAGAAUCUCAGGGAGUGAUCAGCGGGGCUGUGUUCCUUAUCAUCCUCUUCUGCUUCAUCCCUUUCCCUUUCCUGGACUGCUUUGUGGAGGAGAGGUGUAAGACCUUCCCCCACCACGAAUUUGUGGCCCUGAUAGGUGCCCUCCUUGCCAUCUGCUGCAUGAUCUUCCUGGGCUUUGCGGAUGAUGUACUGAAUCUUCGCUGGCGCCAUAAGCUGCUGCUGCCUACAGCUGCCUCACUACCACUCCUCAUGGUCUAUUUCACCAAUUUUGGCAACACGACCAUUGUGGUUCCCAAGCCCUUCCGCCCAAUUCUUGGCUUGCACUUGGACUUGGGAAUCCUGUACUAUGUAUAUAUGGGGUUGCUGGCAGUGUUCUGUACCAAUGCCAUCAAUAUCCUGGCAGGAAUUAAUGGGUUAGAAGCUGGCCAGUCGUUAGUCAUUUCUGCGUCUAUCAUUGUCUUCAACUUGGUAGAGUUGGAUGGUGAAUAUCGAGAUGAUCAUAUCUUUUCUCUCUACUUCAUGAUACCAUUUUUUUUCACCACCCUGGGACUGUUCUACUAUAAUUGGUACCCAUCACGGGUGUUUGUGGGUGAUACUUUUUGUUACUUUGCUGGCAUGACCUUUGCCGUGGUGGGCAUCUUAGGACACUUCAGCAAGACCAUGCUACUCUUCUUCAUGCCCCAGGUGUUCAACUUCCUCUACUCACUGCCUCAGCUCUUUCAUAUCAUCCCCUGCCCUCGCCACCGUAUACCCAGAUUCAAUACCAAGACAGGCAAACUGGAGAUGAGCUAUUCUAAGUUCAAGACCAAGAGCCUCUCUUUCUUGGGCACCUUUAUUCUAAAGGUAGCAGAGAGCCUCCAGCUAGUGACAGUACAUCAGACUGAGAGUGAGGAUGGUCCCUUCACUGAAUGUAACAACAUGACCCUCAUCAACUUGCUGCUGAAAGUCUUUGGACCCAUGCGUGAGAGGAAUCUCACGUUGCUCCUGCUGCUGCUGCAGGUGAGGUUAGGAAUGGGAUCUACACUUUCUUAUCUAAUGAUCUUGCUGGUUCUCAUUCUAUUUCAUUUGUCCUUGCAGAUCCUGGGCAGUGCUGUCACCUUCUCCAUUCGAUACCAGCUUGUCCGACUCUUCUAUGAUGUCUAA